GUGUUUUAUUGUGUGAGAGUGGUUUACUGUGUUCCCCUCGUUGGGCUGUGUUUGAUUGCUGUUGUGAUGCGUAUUCUCUCUCUCUCAUAUUGUGGUGUUGUGUAUUGUCUGCCGUGUGAGUCAAAUGUGCGUCCUUUUCCUCCUUUUUCUUGUUACCACAGAUCCAAGCAACUCACAGUGACAAUGGUGACAACGAUGUUCGUCCAACUGCGCCGUGUGGUGUACCUGUUGGUAUUUCUGCAGUUUUGUUUGGACGUGUGUGCGGCC